AUACGGUCAUAAUACACAGGAAAACCAAAUUAAAUUUGAUGAAAGGGAAGUCUCUUUAGAGUAAAGAAACCUAUACUGGUAGGAAGUCUAAAAUCAGUUUAAUGGACGUGCACCGACUUGACAACAUUGUGCUGAGAACCAUUCGUUGAGUUUGUUUGUGGCGGUAAAACAGGUAUAUGUUCAGCGGUUACGAAAGUGUACAGUUUGAACUUCUCACACCGUAUCUUGUAUGGUGAGACAGGUUACCUAUCAGAAUUAUCAUCUUCAACAUUCAUUAUCAUUAUCUCUAAUGUUUUGAAAGCAUGACUUCUGUGUACAAUACACCACAACGGCAGCUUACAUUGAGCGCAGAACUGCGUAAUGUUAUCAAUGAACGCCAUAUAUUUACAACAAGAACAAGGACGAAAGUCCUCUCAGCACUGGACAACAUCAAUAAGUAUUCCAUAAACGAAAGAGAAAAAUCCUUAAGAUGUCAGGCUAUUCAAGAAAUUCUAACAUCAGAAGUUAGUUAUCUGCACCAGCUGGAAGUUAUCAUGCAGUUUUUCAUGGAACCUUUGAAGAACAAGAGUUUCAUUCCCAAUGCCACAUACACGGCUCUGUUUGGGCACAUCGAAACACUUUAUAAUGUGAAUGGUGAACUUCUUCAUGAAUUGAGACAUAAUCCUGAAAACAUUGCAGCAUCUUUCUUGAAGCUAGCUCCAUUCUUCAAACUCUACUCUGUGUAUGCCUAUGAUUAUAAGGAAGCAAUGGCUGUUCUACAGGGUUUGCAGAAGACUAAUCCAGUUCUGAGCAGUUACAUAGCAAACCAAGAGAGUCGCCCUGAAGUGUCGACAAAGUUAAUGUCACUACUUAUUGCACCAAUACAGCGCAUACCUCGCUAUCGUCUACUACUGAAGCAAGUGAUCUCACAUACACCCGCAUCACACCCAGACUACUCUGUUCUUCUGGCUUCCCUCCGUGAAGUAGAGAAGGCUGCGGACCACAUCAAUAGUUUGGUACAAGAGCAGGAAAACAUGCAGAGGAUGCUUCAGCUGCAGAAUUGCUUGUGCAGUGGCAGGCCGAGAAUCGUAACUCCUGGCAGGAAGUUGCUUAAAGAAGGCUUGCUGCUGAAGGUGUCACUCCAUGGGAGGAAGUCUCAUUCCCGUUACUUCAUUCUGUUCAACGACAUGCUGAUGUAUUGUAAGAUGCGACGCUGUCCUCCUAAAGAACCAAACUCUUUGAAAUGCUGUUGCGUCCUGCCUCUCAAGAAAUGCACGGUGGACGAGAUACUGAGUAAAGGAAUGUUCAAGAUUACAUGCCAAAAUGAAGUUUUGAUCUUAUGUUCAUCUACGGUUGAAGAAGGAGAGACUUGGAUUUCCACGUUGAGAAAUGCAGCGAAACAGUACCAGGAAUGUCGCCAAACUUUAAGGAAGGACAGUAGCUCUAGGAGACCAGUUCGUCGGCCAUAUGCAUGCAACUCAAGCGAAGAUCUUCAUCCAGUUAAGAGAAUGAAGACAGUUUCAAAAUCAGAUUCACAAGUGCUGAAAGACAGUCUGUAUCCACUAAGAAGUUCAAUUAAAAGGAAAGAAGUAGUACCGUCUACAGAAGCCUGCGCCACUGUACUGAGUGCGAAGAAAGAACAACACGAAGAAGUUCAUUCUGCGACCAGUGGAGAUGUCAGCACUAUCCAGAAUUCAGCUCCAAAUUGGUGCAUGCAGGGUACCCAAGUUCUCAGAUAUGUCGCAGCACGUGUCUCUCAAGCGAUUCGGAAACGCUUGUUUAGGCGUGCUUCUAACGUUCCGGUGGUCAGGUGAUGUUGAGCCUGAAGUGAGUAAGGAAAUAAAAGUCAGACCAACGUAAGAUGAAACUAAAGGGACCACUAACUCUUAUACCAAAAUAGCGUUGAUAUCUUUCUUUAACGUGGGGAAAAUAUGAAGUGUAUUAACAAUUUUAGUGGGAAAAACUUCAGGCAAGAGACCAUUUGAGAAAUUUUGAUGUAUACAGGAGGUAAAAUUAGUGGUUCUUAGAGAAAACAUUGACUGCGUGAAGUAGACUGAGCUGGCUCAGCAUGGAGGCUAGUAUUGAGUUUUGUGAUCAACAUAAUGAACUUUAAGGUUCCAUUACAGCAGGUAAUAUCUUCAACAGCUGAAUAAUGAUAUGAACUGUUGAAGAGAAACCUUGUACCAUGGAAUUAUUUGUAUUAAAAUUGAAUAUUAAAAGUAUUUACUUCUUAAAUUGAUAGACAGUUUCCCAACCUUCAUACAAAGUAUGUAAUUUUUCCCAAUGAAUCUUUAAUCUUGAACACAUUUUGGAAUUGUUUAGGGCCAAAAGGAAGACACUUGCCACAGGGAGUGUGUACGAACACUCAAAGAUGCAUCUACUAAAGACUGCACAGAUAUUCAACUACUGUUAAUCUUAGGAUGCAUGAAAUAUGUCAGGAUUGUUGUGCUAUCUCGAUCUUUUAAAAAAAGCAGCAGCUUGAACAUACAAAGGAAAUGUAGGACAAAGAAGCUAAGAGCUUAUACAUAAAGCAAAACAUGAUGGGUUCUGAGAUUGGUGUCAGGUGUAGGAUAGUGGCAGACGAUCAGCAGCUUCAAGUUAACCAUCAUCAAAAGCGAAAGAACUGCCUGGGUGACGCCAGAAAAAACACCAGACGGACAACGUAAACAAAGCUGGGUUUUACGAACAUCCGGUAUGACUAACGUCAGAAUUCAUUCAAAAUUUCUUAAAGUCGCCAAUUGAGUUCCUUAUAAAAUGAAAUGCCUAUCUUAUAGUGAACAUAAUUGUAACAUUUAAAUUAAAAAACAUAUUUAUUACAUUAA